AUGGCUUCGCAAAACCUUGCCAACUUCGCCCUCGACGGUGGUGACCCUCGUAUGGAGGAGAAGAAGAAUCCAGGACAGUACGCCCUCGAUAAUGGCCAUGAAGCUGGUCUUGCAACCGGCUUCAGCAUCGAGGCCGCUCAAGUCCAUAACGACUCUUCCGUCCUGUUCGAGGAGUAUCUCCACUAUGCGAAGAUCACCCGUGCUCGUGAAUACGAGGGGAACCUCAUUAAGCGCAAGGACCCCUGGUCUCUCGGCGGCAUCAUCAAGAAUCGAUUCUCAAAGGGCCAUGUCCAUGAAGUUAAUGCUGUCGUCGAUGGCGAUACCAUUACCACAACUCACAACAACUGGUCUACUGUCACCGAUCUUGAGUGGAGACAAGCUUCCCGUGCUACUAGAACCGCUAGCUGGGGUUCCAUCUUCUUCUUGAUCACAACUGAUAUUCUCGGUCCUUCUGGUGCCCCAUGGGCUUUCUCCAACACUGGCUACGGUCCUGGUGCAGCUCUCUACACGGUUUUCGGUCUCAUGGCUUCCAUUUCCGGCUGGUACGUCUGGGGCGUCUAUAUGCACAUGGAUUCCGACCGCUACCCACUCCGUGAUUUCGGACAGGCCUUCUUCCGUGUCUUCGGCAAGGAAGUGAGACAUAUGAUCAAUGUUCUGCAAAGUCUCCAAAUGUUCAUGCUGGUGGCUGUGCUUAUCCUCAGUCUUGGUGGAUCUGUAUCCCAGGUUUCCAUCGGCAAGGAUGGCGCGAAUGGCAAUGGAGUAUGCUUCAUCGUCUGCCUCCUCAUCAUCGCCAUCCUUGGCAUGGUACUUGGCCAAAUCCGCACCCUGCAACGUUUUGGAUGGCUUGCCAACCUCUCCGUCUGGACAACCGUCAUCACUUCCUUCAUGGCUAUCGGUGUCUCUGCCACCUCCAGCCCUAACUAUGCGACCAUGUUCGGCUCGUUCGGCGGUGCUGGCUCUGCAUAUGGAGACAGGAACUUCCCCAACGGUACAAUGGAAAGCCAUAUUCCCAUCCAAACGUUUGCUGGCACUCCGCCUGACGGAUUCGCAUCCGGUGGAACCGGUUUCCUCGGUACUUACCAGGGUAUUAACACCAUCAUCUACGCUUACGGUGGAGCCAUGCUGUUCUUCAAUCUCCUGGCUGAGAUGCGCAACCCUUGGGAUUUCUGGAAGGGAAUGCUCUGCGCUGAUAUCUUCAUCUAUCUCGUCUACAUGUUCUUCGGUCUCUUCCAAUACUCCUACCAGGGCCAGUACACAUACAACACCGCUAUCCAAUCCAUCAACCCAUACAAUUAUCAGACAGCGGGUAACAUUCUGUCCAUUGUUGGGGGGCUGAUUGCAGCUGCCCUCUACGGAAACAUCGGCAUCAAAGUCAUCUACAACAACGUCUUCAUGGAGCUAUUCCACUUCCCAGCCCUGACCACCAAGCACGGCAAGCUAAUCUGGGUCGCCAUGGUCCCCAUCUACUGGUCCCUCGCCUUCGUCGUGGCCGGCGCCGUCCCCGAGCUCGGCGACAUCUCCUCCCUCGUUGGCGCCUUCUGCAUCGGCAACUUCACUUACACCUUCCCAGCCCUCCUGAAGAUCGGUUUCGAGGUCAAGAAAGGCGCCAUGCUGCCAGACGAAGGCUUUGACGAGAGCACGAAGAAGUAUGUGCGACAUGACGGUGGUCUGAAGAGAUGGUUCAGAGGGUAUCGGAAGAGUUUCCUCCUGACAAGCUUCAAUAUCUUUUACUUCCUCGGUUCCCUGGUCGUGUGUGGAUUGGGUAGUUACUCGGCUAUUAAGGCGCUGAUUGGUGCGUUUUCUGGUGGAAGUGUGACUACUUCUUUCGAUUGCCGAUCGCCGUACGCUGGUUAGAGUGUAAACGGUGCGGGGAAUAGAUUCCGGAGAGGAUGACGAGACCAGAAUCAAGAAUAGAUGUCACGUGCAACACAUUUGUCGCAUCAUUUCUAUCAAAGACAAGAUUCUAGAUAGACUUAUAAUUUGAAUUAGAUCUGUUCUCC